GUCAAGACGGUCAAUACGAACCUCGACCCUCAUUUCCCCGUCCCGUCCCUGCCAGCCUGCUCUUGUUAGCCCAUACUAGUAGCUCUACACUUGUGUCUGCUUCCGGCCACUUCGACAAGCUUCUCAUCGGCCCUUUUCCCGAACCCAUGGGGCCUGUUAGGCCACCAUGACGCCCUCGUGGCCGUCCUUGCGUCCCAAGAAGACACAUGCUGCCAUGUAAACCGUUUUGUGGCACCGCCCUGUCCUGCCCUCCGAGAAGCAAAUCACCGAGACAUCCGACGCUGUGGGUACCGCGGCGAGGACCGAGUAGGCACGCCUGGCUCUCUGGCUCUCUGGCUCUCUGGCUCUCUGGCUCUCUGGCUCUGCCUUCUGGCCGACUCCGUCAGGCUGUGGAAACAGUGACUUGCGCACACCUUGGAGCGUACUGUACAACCUCAUGCUGCUGCCAGCCGCAAUUGGCAAAGCGACAGGAACGCCCGGGGGGGAUCGGCUCGCCUCGACGGGGGCCUAAUGCUACAGUGCACACGCCCACUGCGACCUCAGCCUGCUGAGAUGCAUGACGGCACGGAUGACGAUACCUUGCCAGGGAUCUAGCCUGCCAUGCGGAGAAGCCCCGGCCCAACUCUGAUGGCCUCUUCCCCAGGCCCUCUGGCUUGGGCGCAGAGCAUGGGUGCCCUGCCGUCCGUUCGGUAAUUGGAUGUCGCCCACCACCCCGUACGUCGCUUGUUUUUUUUUCUUGGGAUGAACUACUCGCGUCUCCACAUCAAUAUCCCACGCGGCCAGGCCUAAGACAUACUUUCCCACAACUUUUGUUGGCUUCAUGCGGUAUGCCGAGAGUUCACAUGGUCUCGGUCGGGUCACUUGCUCACCCUCCCCACUGAGAAGAAGCUCGAUUCACUCCUGGGCGCCCACCCCAGCCGCCUAUAAAUAAUACUUAAUCGCCAUCCCCUCCCCCGUCCGUGGCCUUGCUUGCUUGGAUGUAGAAGCUGCAGUCCGGCUCCUCGGUAGCACUACGUCGUUCCGUUAGGCUACUUCGUCCACUCCCGCAACCCGGUAGCACCGCCGAUCUACGCCAUGAAGUCCUCGCCUGCUGCCGCCCUCUGGCUGGCGGCGAGCUGCGGCUCUGUCUCCGCAGCAACUGUCCGUGGGCCUGCAAAGGUCCAAACACGGCAGUCAGAGCUGGCUUUCUCUCCUCCAUUCUAUCCCUCGCCAUGGAUGGACCCAGAGGCAGACGGCUGGGCAGACGCCUACGCUCAGGCCAGGGACUUUGUCUCUCAGAUGACCCUCCUCGAGAAGGUCAACAUCACCACCGGAACUGGUUGGGAGAGCGAGGUGUGCGUUGGUAACGUUGGCUCGGUCCCUCGUCUUGGCCUCCACAAGAACCUGUGUCUGCAGGACUCUCCUCUCGGCGUCCGUUUCGCGGAUUGGGCUUCUGCGUUCCCGGCUGGCCUCACGGUAGCAGCCACUUUCGACCGUGGUCUCAUGUACGAGAGGGGUCUGGCCAUGGGCCAAGAGCACAGGGGCAAGGGAAUUGACAUCCAGCUGGGCCCCGUUGCCGGUCCUAUCGGUCGUGCCCCUGCCGGAGGCCGGAACUGGGAGGGCUUCUCGCCUGACCCUGUUCUGACUGGCAUUGGUAUGGCUGAGACGAUCAAGGGCAUCCAGGACGCCGGCGUGAUUGCUACUGCAAAGCACUACAUUGCCAAUGAACAAGAGCACUUCCGUCAGGCCGGCGAAGCGCAGGGCUAUGGCUUCAACAUCAGCGAGUCCAUGUCCUCCAACAUUGACGACAAGACCCUGCACGAACUCUACCUGUGGCCUUUUGCCGACGCGGUUCGCGCCGGUGUCGGAUCGUUCAUGUGUUCGUACCAGCAGAUCAACAACUCCUAUGGUUGCCAGAACUCAAAGGUCUUGAACGACAUCCUCAAGAAUGAGCUCGGCUUCCAGGGAUUUGUCAUGAGCGACUGGGGUGCACACCACACCGGAGUUGGCGCUGCUGUCGCUGGCCUGGACAUGUCCAUGCCCGGUGACACGGCCUUCAGCUCCGGCCUGUCCUUCUGGGGUACCAACUUGACUCUGGCCGUUUUGAACGGCACAAUGCCCCUAUACCGCCUCGAUGACAUGGCAAUGAGGAUCAUGGCCGCUUACUUCAAGGUCGGCCGAACUAUUGACGAGCCGUACCCCAACUUCUCCUCGUGGACCAGGGACACCUUUGGAUACGUGCACGCUGGUGCCGAGCAAGGGUACCAACAGGUCAACUUCCACGUCGAUGUGAGAGACGACCAUGCCGCCCUGAUCCGAGAGGUCGCCGCCAAGGGAACUGUGCUGUUGAAGAACACCGGCGCCCUGCCUCUGGACAAACCCCGAUUCCUCGCCGUCAUCGGAGAAGACGCUGGACCCAACCUGAACGGUCCCAACGGAUGCGCCGACAGAGGCUGCGACAACGGAACUCUGGCGAUGGGCUGGGGAUCUGGAACGGCAGACUUCCCCUAUCUGGUGACACCAGACACGGCUCUCCAGAACAAGGCUCUUGAGGACGGAAGCCGAUACGAGAGCAUUCUUGACAACUAUGCGACUAGCCAGAUCAGCGCUCUGGUUGCGCAGGCCUACGCUACUCCCAUCGUCUUCGUCAACGCUGACAGCGGAGAGGGUUACAUCAGCGUCGACGGCAACGAGGGCGACCGGAACAACCUCACUCUGUGGCACAAUGGUGACGACCUUAUCAAGAGCGUCGCUGCUCUGAACAACAACACCAUCGUGGUCAUCCACAGCGUCGGCCCAACGCUGCUCACUGAUUGGUACGAGAACCCUAACAUCACAGCCAUUGUCUGGGCCGGUCUUCCCGGCCAGGAGUCUGGUAACUCGAUUGUCGACGUUCUCUACGGCAAGGUAAACCCAGCUGGACGCACACCAUUUACCUGGGGUGCCACACGCGAGAGCUAUGGCACAGAUGUCUUGUACGAGGCAAACAACGGCGGGGAUGCCCCUCAGGACGACUUCAUCGAGGGCUCGUUCAUCGACUAUCGUCACUUCGACAGGACGAACCAGACUCCAAUCUACGAGUUUGGCUUCGGUCUGAGCUACACGACCUUCGAGUAUGCGAACUUGAAGAUUGUUGCCGGCGACGCUGCUCCAUACGAGCCGACCACGGGUUCCUCUGCCGCAGCCCCCAUCAUUGGAAGCUCGAACUACUCGACCAACCUGGAAGACUACGCCUUCCCCUCCGACCAGCUGAACUAUGUCACCCGCUACAUCUACCCCUACCUGAACACGACCACCUCGGCCGAGGAGGCCAGCCAGGACCCCUUCUACGGCCAGACAGCCGAGGAAUUCCUGCCCCCCAAUGCCAUCUCCUCCGACCCCAUCACCCUCUCCCCAGCCGGCGGCGGGCCGGGCGGAAACCCAGGCCUCUACGAGGUGUUGUACACCGUCACCGCAGACAUCACCAACACCGGCUCCCUGGCGGGUGACGAGGUGCCCCAGCUGUACGUCUCCCUCGGCGGGCCGGACGACCCGCCCGUCGUGCUGCGCGGCUUCGACAGGCUCACCCUCGAGCCCGGCGAGACGGCCACCUUCAGCGCCGACCUUCAGCGCCGCGACCUCAGCAACUGGGACGUCGUCUCCCAGAACUGGGUCAUCUCCGAGUUCCCCAAGACGGUGUACGUCGGCCGCAGCAGCAGGAAGCUGGACCUGCAGGCACCGCUGCCUUAGGUAGGCGGGUUCGCGUGUCCGGCAAGUAGCUUUCAGGCAUGAAGAAAAGCGGCAGACCACGCAGUGACUGCGUCAUCAAUCCCGUAUGCCGUACGUAGCCUUUAAUAAAUAAUGAUUUUAUGAAAA